GAAUCCAGUUUCGACAUCAACAUGAAGGUGUUCCUUACUAUUCUGGCUCUGGCCGUGGCUUCGGCCUCCGCUUUCGACGACAAGGUGUUCGUGAAGGACGUGCCCAAGAGCUCCAAGAUCCAGGGACGUGUCACCAACGGAUACCCCGCAGCUGAGGGCAAGGCUCCCUACACCGUCGGUCUCGGGUUCAGCGGCGGAUGGUGGUGCGGUGGCUCGAUCAUCAGCAACACCUGGGUCCUUACCGCUGAGCACUGCAUCGGUGAUGCGGCCUCCGUUACCGUCUACUUCGGAGCCACCUGGCGCACCAACGCCCAGUACACUCACUGGGUUGGCAACGGUGACUUCAUCAAGCACCCCAACGCUGACAUUGCUCUGAUCCGUAUUCCCCAUGUGGACUUCUGGCACAUGGUCAACAAGGUUGAGCUGCCCAGCUACAACGAUCGCUACAACAACUACAACGAAUGGUGGGCUGUUGCUUGCGGAUGGGGCGGCACCUAUGACGGCAGCCCUCUGCCCGAUUGGCUUCAGUGCGUCGAUCUCCAGAUCGUCCACAACGACGAGUGCGGCUGGACUUACGGAUCCGUCGGCGACAACAUCAUCUGCACCCGUACCGUCGAUGGCAAGUCCAUCUGCCAAGGUGAUUCCGGUGGCCCAUUGGUCACACACGACGGCAACAAACUGGUCGGAGUCAGCAACUUUGUCUCCAGCAAUGGAUGCCAGUCCGGCGCCCCUGCUGGAUUCCAGCGUGUCACCUACCACUUGGACUGGAUCCGUGACCACACUGGCAUUGCUUACUAAAUUUUAAAAUAAAAUGAGCAUUUUGAAAGAAUCAAAAA